GAAACGGAGGGAGCUUAUUAAUUAUAACAAUUAAAAAAAAAGAGUAGCGGCGCAACAUCAUCACCUCCCCCACCCCAGCCGUUGCAUCGAUUGAUUAACAUGAUAAUAUUAUGCAAAUUGUUCAAGUGGAAGGAGAAGAAAGAAAAUAGCAGUAUACGGCACGAUUUGCUAGUCGAAAUUCUGUGUAGACUACCCGCCAAGUCAUUAGUUCGAUUUAAAGCAGUGCACAGCGAUUGGUUUUCGUUGAUUUCGGAUCCACAGUUUUGCCAUCGGCAUCUUCAACAUCAAAGGCCCUGUCAGAAGUACGGAACGAUCCAAGUCAGGAACACACACACCUUGCAUCCAUCCCUUUCACUUCGCAUUAUGAGCACUGUUGAUGAUGAUCAUCAACUUGUCGAGAUUCAGAAAGCUUUUGGUAUGGAGGUUUAUGGAAAUUCUCUGUUUCCUAGCCUACUUGGUUCAUGUCAUGGUUUAUUAUUAACAAGUGUUUCAUUCUGGUUGGAGAAUUUUAUAUUGUGGAAUCCAACAAUCAGAGAGUAUCAAAAAAUUCAUAGAAAGAUUUUCGCUGGAUCUAAAUCCAACACAGUAGCUAUGGCUGGACUGGGCUACGAUAGCUUGAACCACAAUUACAAAAUUGUGGCAGCAGUGUCCUAUCGUUGGCAGCAAAAUACUUCAAUUGAAGUUGAUAUUUAUGAUCUGAACAAGUCUUAUUGGAAAACAAAAAAUUGCCAUUUCCCCUACGAGUCCAAAUCACUUAUCACACCAGCUAUUACUCUAGCGAAUGGAGUCCCACAUUGGCAUGUUAAAAGGAAAAACAAUGACCAAAGUGUGAUUUUAUCUUUCGAUUUGGUAGACGAGAUAUUCAAAGAGGUUCCUCUUCCUUAUAAUAUACUUGAUUUUAAUUUUAUGUCUGCUGUAGAUGGUUACCUUUGUAUAGGGAUAAGAAAUUCACCUAUGGAUCCAUUACAUGUGUGGAAGAUGAGAGAAUACGGAAUGAAGAAAUCUUGGUAUGUGUUAAAAAUGUCUUUUCCGAAUGAAUUCAAAUGCCGCAGUUACUUGAUGCCGCUUGGAUUUCUCCAUAAGGAUCAAAUUGUAAUGAGUUUAGAUACAGUAGGGAUAGCUAUAUUCAACAUUACUAGACAACACUAUCAGUUUGUUUUACAGACAGAUAAUAAUCGUUGUUAUUCAGUAGUUGCAUAUAGCGAAACUCUUGUGUCUCCUAAUUAAUUCAAAUCUUUGACAAUCGUUUUAUCUUCAACUCUAA